AUUUGCUUGCUGCUACUGUUUUCUUAUGUGCCAGCUAGCUUUAAUCGGGAGAAGUUUGCGGGUCAACCCUUCGGGGCUGUUUUGCCUAGCGAUGACGAGGGCGUCGUCGUCGUCGUCAUCGUCGCCGUCGUCGCCGUCGUCACCGUCGGCGGGGGCUAUUCAUUGCCGCCAGUUUCUCGACGGUGGCGGCGCGCGCACUUCGAGUCACGUUUGGUUCGCGCCCGCUCGAGAAGGAGUUUAGUAGCAGCUGCGCGUCCGCGUGCCACGCAAACUCAUUGCGAGCAUAUUGGCCAUUCGGUUUCGACAACUGUUGACUGUCAAUCGUCAAUCGCCGGUUUGAACGUUCCGAACGUUGACGUAUUUCAUCCUUGUAACUUGUCAAUAACGUCAAUCAUGGAGACGCAAACUGAGAUGCCGGGAAACACGACGAUGGGUAGCACGCUACUCGACGAGGAACUUCGUCGAAUUCUGCUGGAACGUGAGCAAGAAUGCAUGAGGAGGAAAGCCGCGAAUACGACGCUGCCGCCGGAACCGUAUUGUCGACUUACAUUCGAUGGAUGGUCCUGUUGGCCCAACACUCCAGCGGGAUCAACAGCCUAUACAGAGUGCCCUGACUUCAUCACCGGUUUCGAUGCAUCACGUAAGUAUAUGUUAAUAGUUGUAGCGAUGCAAUAUAGUUAAUUGUAUCAUUUCUUUUAUUUCUAAUAACAAAUAGUCCUUAGUAAUUGGUAAUCAAUGAGAGUAAUUAGAUGUUACGUUUUGUGUUAAACAUUCUAUUUGUACUAAUAAAAUAAAUUUUUAUUUCG